UAGCUAUGAUAAUAUUUGUUACGAUAAUAUUCGAAUUUUCGUUAUAUGUAUAUUAUUUAUAUUUCGUUGCACAGGAUAGCAGACGCAUGGAAAUUUAUGAAUUGGGCGGAUUUGGUGAUUCCGAUAGGUGGAGAUGGCACGUUUUUGCUAUCCUCCAAAUUAAUUACAGACAACGUGAAACCUGUGUUGGGCAUCAAUCCGAGCAUCCGAUCGAACGACAAUAACAUUUUUACGCUUCCUCCGAAAUACGCGACGAACAUCGAAAGCAUAUUUGAGCGACUUCAUACAGGAAAAUACACGCUAUUGAUGCGAAGUCGCAUUCGAACAGUGAUGAAUGGAGAAGGACUUUACAGACGACCUUUUCAUAUACACGAGAAGAGUCGUACACAAGGAGAGAAAAGAGCCGAAGCUCUUGCGCGAACGACACAAAGGAAAAUAGCGGACUCACUUCAACCACGGCAGAGGACUUUGCCUUGGCUGGCAUUGAACGAAGUAUUUAUAGGAGAAUUUUUGGCAGUCAGACCAAUAACAUUACAAAUCAGAGUUGAAGAUCAAGAGCCGCAUCAAAUUCGAAGUUCAGGUAUGUGCGUUUGUACAGGUACUGGCUCCCAAUUCUGGUACAAAUCUAUUAACAUUCAAUCGGCCGAAACCGUUCGAUGUAUCGUCGAAAUAGCCACUGGCAUUAAAUUAAGCAACGAGCAAACCAACGAAUUACUCCACAAAUAUCAUCAAGCUCUCAUCUAUUCUCCAGAGGAUUUGAACAUGGUAUACAUGAUCCGCGAAAUGUAUCAUACUACACGGUGCAAGAACCAGAAAUGUUGCCCGGACAGACAAAAGUGCAACAAGCUUACUGUGAAAUCCUGUGGCUUUGACGCUGGCUUGGUGAUAGACGGUAGCAUUUCUUUGCCCUUCAACGACGGUACUAUCGCAACUUUCGAUAUCAAACCUGAAUAUUCGUUGAAAAGCAUCAUGCUCACUUGAUGUACAGUUAUCAUGUAGCUGCAUUAAAACAAGUUUCUCCAGGAAGCGAGCUUAUGUGGUAGAUCUUUUAACAGGAAUAUAAGUGUCCGAUCGACAAAUUAAAAGUAAACUUCUUCUCUUUUCUAC